UCAACACAAGUCGUCACAUUUCUUCUCCCUUCUUACCAUGAGAGACAAGGCGUCAGUAGCAUUGGUUACAUUUCUACUAGUAGCAUUUGCCACGGAGUUUAUGAUACGGGCCGAUAUUCUCAGUUGAAGCUUGGCGCUAGUUGGGUCUCUCGGCGGGAUCACACCUGUCAGCUUGGACAGGAAUGCCGCUAGCGCAUCCUCUGUGAGACACUCACUUCGGCCUGCUACGUCGGCAAGCUCUUCCAGCUCUUGAGCGACCAUAGCUUGACCUCCUUGGCUGUCUUGUGGAGAGCCGAGAAGGUCGUCUAGCCGAGAUUGAAGGUCUUCAAGGUCUGGGGGACAUUUCGGAGCCUCCGUCGCGACAGAAUCGGGGAGGACCGACGAUUCUAUCGACCCCGUGUUGAGCAGCGACCCGGAGACGAUUAGUGUAGUAUUCGGGCAGAGAGGGUCGUUGUCGGUCUUCGCACAGUGUCCGAGCAUUGAUGGAAGCCCGUCACUGUCAUGCUCAGUGCACGAGAGAUAGCACGUGCUGUUCAGCGCAUCAGUGACCAUUGCCAGAAUCAAAUACUCCCCUUCAGCGAGAUGAAGCCGCAGAGAUGGCUCGUGACUCCUGUAGGAUUUCAUUUUGAUCGGCUUUGUCCUCGCCGGGUUUGUAAGAAAGACGCUGUAUGUCUCCUUGCCGAUCUCCUUUGCAGCUGGGGCAAUCUCCCAGCCAUAUUGUUCGAUGUGGACUUGCCCGUCGCGCAUAAAAGCCUGCACCUCUCCAGCCACCGGGAAUAGCGUUGCUCGUAUGUUAGUGGUCCAGUGUUUAGUCUGCACAUGAUAGACCCAGCCGGGCUGUAGCUGCCCCGCAGGGAUGGUUCCAUUAGGAAAAGAGAUCUGCUCUGUGAAGACCUGCACUGCUUGUUGACGCUUGUAGGACACGAGAGGGGUCAGAGUGAUGCGAGACUUCGUGUCAAGAUAAACCGCUGAAUGAGAUGACACCGGCCUCUCGAUGGAGCGGUCGAUUUUGUGAAACACUGGUUGGACGCCGUCCAUAAUCUUGAUUGCGCCAGCAAUGACACUCCCUUUGCUAAGGUCUUGAAAUGCCUCAACAGCAAUAACGUAGAUACCGUCUUUUGGACCGCUGAGCGUGUAGGUGUCCCGCAUGUCCAU